AUUUGGGUAUUUCCGCACGAGGGGGUGGUGCAAAUCUGCACCGGAGCCUCGAAGGCGGAGGUGGUGUAAGAGCACUGAAGUUUACGAAUCUACCUUGCGUUCAAAGGACUAGCAACCUGUAAGGGAACGACAAUUACAGUAACAAUUGCGGCACAGAUUGGAGUCUGAAAUGGCUGGAAUGUAUGGUUGGGGACAACCUCCUUUGAACCAAGGGAACCCCUUCAUAGAGAUCAUCGAGGAGCCCAAGCAGAGGGGUAUGAGGUUCAGGUACAAGUGUGAGGGGCGAUCGGCGGGCAGCAUUCCGGGGGAGAAGAGCAACGACACCACCAAAACACACCCGGCUAUCAAGGUGCACAACUACAAUGGGCCUCUUCACGUCCGCAUCUCCUUGGUGACCAAGAAUGCCCCUUACAAGCCCCACCCCCACGAGCUGGUGGGGAAAGACUGCAAGCACGGCUACUAUGAGGCAGACCUUCAGGAGAGACGAGUUCACAGUUUUCAGAAUCUAGGCAUUCAGUGUGUGAAGAAAAAGGAUGUUGCGGAAGCAGUUUCCUCUAGACUGCAGACCCAAAACAACCCCUUCAACAUUCCAGAGGCAAAGCUGUGGGAGGAGGAGUUUGACCUGAAUGCAGUCAGGCUGUGUUUCCAGGCCUCAAUCAACCUACCUACCGGCGAACUCUGCCCCCUGGAGCCAGUGGUGUCCCAGCCCAUCUACGACAACCGAGCACCAAACACAGCAGAGCUGAAGAUCUGUCGAGUGAACAGAAACUCUGGGAGCUGCAGAGGGGGGGAUGAGAUCUUCUUACUUUGUGACAAAGUGCAAAAAGAAGACAUUGAGGUGCGGUUCUUCCAGGACACGUGGGAGGGGAAGGGUACUUUCUCCCAGGCAGACGUCCACAGGCAGGUGGCCAUCGUGUUCCGCACCCCGCCCUACUGCAACACCAACCUGACCGAGCCAGUCAAAGUAAAGAUGCAGCUCCGCAGGCCCUCAGACCGUGAGGUCAGCGAGCCAAUGGACUUCCAGUUCCUGCCCUCUGACCCUGAUGAAUAUAGACUGAUGGAGAAGAGAAAACGCACAGAGGGAAUGUUCCAGAAUCUGAAGCUGGGGUCCUUGAUUCCAGGGUCAACGCCACCAGAGAGAAGGCCUAUCAACACUGCCAGAAGAACGGUCACUGCCAAACCAGCAACUAGCCAACCUGUGGUGAACCCAGUGUUGCCCCCUCGUGCCCCUCUGAAACCCCAGCAGUACUACAACAGCCCCCAGCCUGGCCAGCUGUUCCAAAGCCAGCCCAAAGCAGACUCCUCUUCAUCAUCUUCGUCCACCAGCACGGCGGAGACCUGGAAGUUCCUCAACAGCCUUACCCUGGACUCCCAGCCCAAAGCCAACGCUGUGCCCAAUUUCAUCGACAGUGCCCAGACCCAGACUUCCACAGGUGCAUCCCUGACCUCCCAGGCCUUUACCACCGUCAACUUGUCGGACCUCCACGGCUUCACUUUCCCCACCUUCACUAGUUCCCAGGGACCAACGGGCGGAGCUUCCAUUCCAGAACUCACCUCUACCUUCGGGGUCCAGGGUUCCCAAUUCAGGGUGGAGACAGUGGACGAGGAUCUCCCGGAGUUCCCCAGCUUCUCCGAGGUGCACCCCUCAGGAACCCUGGAGAGCAUCAACAUCGACGACUUCCAAGCUCUGCUGGGCCAGAGCGGUCUGGCUGUAGAGGGUCCAGGGAGCAGCACGGCGUCGGUCGCCCAGGCACCCUGCCACUUGCCCUCCGCCAACACUGUGGCCAACAAUGCGGGCCAGAACCACGCAGACCCAGCCAGCAACAGCUGCGGCAGCAACACCUGGAUGAACUACCCGAACAGCAUCGUCAACCUGCUCCAGAGUGAGGUCAUGAUGGACAGUACCCCCGGCAACGCCAGCCAGCCAGCCGUCCUUGACGAUCUGGACGUCUUCAACUCCAUGGACGAGGACCGCCUCAUGUCCAUCCUGAACAGUGGCAACCAGCCUGGCUUCGUGUCCGGACAUCAGACAUGAAACCCCUAAUGUACUGCUUUUAUCUGUUCCCUCGCCUUUAAGACCUGGUUCCUCUCCUAUCCAACUUCCACGUGUGCCUAGGUAUUCUAAAGAGUGGCAUAGGAGAGACAUUUCUAUAGUGGUGAUUUGUGCUCUCUUCUCCGUGUGGAUUCUGAACAUCCUAGUCAGAGCGUCCUCAGAACAUUGCCUGUACUUCGUGAGUAGAAGGGACGAUUGGGUAAGCCUGAGUGUGCUGAAACGUGGCUUUUCAUCGUCUCGUAAAGAUAGACCCCACUGGGUGUACACGCCAAAUAAUUGUCAAUGCAGGCCGGAAGAAAAUGCUUUACGGAAAAUGUAUGCAUAUUAACCACUUUGACAAACCGCCAUUAUUUCUGAAAUACAAACCCAAUAUCAGCCUUUUUGAUCUUUUCCCCCCUAUGUCAAAACCUAUGGUUUCACCACACCACAGAAUGAAACUUUUUUUUGUUUGUUAUUGUGCAUACUAUCUAUUCUGUUGGAGUCUUUAAAAGAUAAUUACAUUGUUUGUUUCUUCUCAACUUAAUGUGAGAUGAAUUCUUCAUGCUAAAAUAAGUCUAUGGGCUAAGAGACCGUUAUCUAUGAUAGUUUUCUUUAAAAAGCCAUUGUAAAUUUAGCCAUAUGGCUAACUAAAUAUCUAUGGAUGUUUCCAGAUCAUUUCUUUAUAGCCAAAUGUGGUUAAUUUCAGUGGAUGUGGAGUUUCACUAAAUGUGAACACAAUGACUACUUCAAUCCAUGGUUGUAUUCGCUGUGGCUAUUGUUAGACAAUUUUUGUAAUGGCUUGUUUAUAGAAAAUGUUUUUAUUUUGGUCAAGAAAUUGUACAAGAAAAUUGCGUCAGACUGCAAGCUUUCACAGCUGUGAUGUGUUUUUGAAAGGGCAAAUGGUUCUCAAAGGGAAUCAUUCUUCCAUGAACAAAAUCAUUUCCCAAUUGAUCUUUUUACACCCAAUAAAAAGGCCUUAAUUGUUGGUCCAUCUAAUUGUAUAUGAACAGAUAUCUAGAGACAAUUGUUUAUUACUGGCUGUGGAAUAACACGAUGUACUGUAAAGCAAGAAAACAUGACACUGCCAUUUUAAUUUUACUUAGGUGAUAUGAUAUUGCCCCACUUUGUAAAUGCAUCUAAAUGUAUGUUUUUACCCUAUUAACAUGUAAGUAUAUAUUGUCCUUUUAACUGACAAUAGUCGAUACAUCUUUGAAAUGGGAAGGAUAUGGUUUAUAGAUGUCAAUAUGUAGCAGAUGCACUGAUUUGCUCAGUAACUCAAGUUAGUCAUUUUGAGUCUUAUCUUAUUUCUGUCCAUCGCUAUCAAUUAUUUUGGUCACUAUUCUCAUUCACAGUAUGGUUUGCUUUUACACUGUUCUUGCAUGGUAUACAAACUAUAAUUGAUGUUCAUCUUCCAUCACCGAAGACACGUUUAAAACAUCUCCACUUCGUAAGUGCCGUCUCACUGAAAGCACACAACUGUAUUAUAUUUUGUACAAGUAGGUCUUUGCGGGCAGGAAAUGAAUUAAAACAUGUAAUUUUUGUACAAUGUGUAGCUUACAACACUGACAAAACAAAUUAAAGAAUGUUUAAAAUAA